GGGUCUGCGUAAAUUGAAGGUCUCCCUCCGUUUUAAACUUGAAAUGGAGCGUUACGAGGCCCCAGACGAGAUAAAUAAAAUAUGCCGACCUGAUUGUUAUUACUGUCCGAAUAUUUUCACAUCGUGGAUUCCAAAACAAAACCCUUCCUAUUAUCUCUAGAAUCUUUAACCACCCCCCCCCUCCCCUUUUUCUUCUUCGUCACUCCUCGAGAAACAUCCAGAAGUGUUUUUUAGUUGUUGCUGUUUUUGUAUGCUGCUUCUGAAGAGAGGAGAGAAUGGACAAGAAGAAGAAAGAUGUCAUCCAAUUGGAGCGCGAAUCAGUAAUUCCAGUUAUGAAGCCAAAGCUGAUCAUGACCUUGGCCAACCUCAUUGAACAUAGUACUGACCGUGCUGAAUUUUUAAAGCUCUGCAAGAGAAUUGAGUACACAAUUCGAGCUUGGUAUCUUCUACAAUUCGAGGAUCUAAUGCAAUUGUACUCCCUCUUCGAUCCUGUACAUGGGGCUCAGAAAUUGGAGCAGCAGAACCUAUCUACAGAAGAGAUUGACAUUCUUGAACAGAAUUUCCUGUCAUACUUAUUUCAGGUGAUGGAUAAGAGCAAUUUUAAGAUAGCUACUGAUGACGAGAUUGAUGUUGCACAUUCGGGGCAGUAUCUUUUAAAUCUUCCUAUCACAGUUGAUGAAUCUAAGCUUGAUGAGAAGCUUUUGAAGCUGUAUUUUGCAGAGCAUCCUCAUGAAAACCUUCCAGACUUUGCUGAUAAGUAUGUAAUCUUCCGACGUGGCAUUGGAAUUGAUCGGACAACUGAUUACUUUUUCAUGGAGAAAGUUGACAUGCUCAUUGCACGUUUAUGGGCAUGGCUUAUGAGACAGACUAGGCUAGAAAGAGUGUUUUCUAAAAAAUCUAGUACACGUCGUAUGAAAGAUCCUAAACAAGAUGAUGAAAUCCACACUGAGGCAGAUCUGGAUGACUUGCAUGUUGAACGGGUCCGUCUCGAAAAUAUGGAACUCAGUUUAAGCAAUCUGCUGGGCAAGAUCACAAUCCAAGAACCUACCUUUGAUAGGAUAAUUGUUGUUUAUAGGCGAGCAAGCACCAAAACCAAAAUUGAACGAGGCAUAUACGUGAAGCAUUUCAAAAAUAUCCCAAUGGCCGAUAUGGAGAUAGUUCUCCCAGAAAAGAAAAAUCCAAGUUUAACCCCAAUGGACUGGGUUAAAUUCCUCGGAUCUGCUAUAGUUGGUCUGGUGGCUGUAGUGGGUUCACUUGACAUGCCUAAAGGUGAUCUUUGGGUCAUGUUUGCCAUCCUCUCCACAGUGAUUGGUUACUGUGCUAAGACAUACUUCACGUUUCAGCAAAACAUGGCUACAUAUCAGAACUUAAUUACGCAGUCCAUGUAUGACAAACAACUGGACAGUGGAAAAGGCACCCUUCUUCACUUGUGCGAUGAUGUUAUUCAACAAGAAGUAAAAGAGGUGAUCAUUUCUUUCUUUAUAUUGAUGGAACAGGGCAAAGCUACUCGACAGGAUCUUGACUUGCGGUGUGAGGAAUUGAUUAAAGAAGAGUUUGGUGAGAGCUGCAACUUUGAUGUGGAUGAUGCAGUUCAGAAGUUGGAGAAGUUGGGCAUUGUUGCCCGGGAUACAAUUGGAAGGUAUUACUGCGUGGGCCUCAAGCGUGGUAAUGAGGUUAUUGGUACAACCACCGAGGAGCUUGUCCUCAAAGCAAAACAGAUUACUAUUGUUCCGUGAAUUGUCUUGGGAAGGUAGGCUUCUCUAUUCUCGUGUCCUUAUGGCUUGGGAGAUAUUCUCAGGCACCUCUUCGCACGCAUCUCGGACAGGGUUUGUUCAUGUUGUUUUAGUUUCCCCUCAGCCCAGGUUUCUUUCCUACUCUUGGUGGUUGAUGUGACACUGUAGACAACGGUGGUACACAUAUUUUAAAAGUUCUUUUACCAUUUAGUUUAUUUUAUUUGUGUGCAAGUAACUUUCUGAGAAUUCUGUAAUGUAAAUUGAUUUGGAAUGCUGCAGCAGUUGUUAAUUAUCCCUUUGGAGA